GUGGCGAGAAACAUAUACCGCGCACCGGGAAGGAAGGCGGCAGCAGCAUGAAGAUAGCAUGGAAGAACAAAGCUGCUGGGGGACGAGGCAAGAAGCGGUCGCUUCCUUCCUCCGUCGACCUCAAUCCCAGCCUCCCUUUCGACAGGGGAGAGGACGACCCCCCCGCCGCCGCUGCGGGAGCCGAAGCAGGGAGAACGAACCCUGACAGUGGCCAAGAAACCCCAACCGAUGACCAUCACAUCAAGAAUAUCGCUGAUUCCUUCCGUUGUCAGGGGAAUCAGCUGGCCGAGGAUGGAAAGUACCAUGAAGCUUUAGGGAAGUGGGAGGCUGCACUGACAUUGGAACCAAAAAAUGCUGUGCUCCAUGAACAAAAGGCACAGGUUUUACUUGAACUAGGUGACUCAUGGAAUGCCUUAAAAGCAGCCACUCAAGCUACAGAGCUGCAACCCUCAUGGUUUGAGGCUUGGCUUACGCUUGGUAGAGCACAGCUAAACUUUGGAGAACCUGAUUCAGCAAUUGAAAGUUUUGACAGGGCUCUAAAAAUUAAGCCGGACCAUGAAGAUGCACAGGCCGACCGUGUUACUGCACAUCGUCUAGUGAAGAAGCGCAGACAAUUGGAGGCAUCAGGUUUGAAGGUUGCCGAUAGUCGUUAUAAGGUUGGAGAUAAAGUUGAAUCAUGCUAACCUCCAGAAAAUGACAUUGCAAGAGAUCCCAGUGUCACUUGUAAAUUUACUGAAGACAUUCAUGCAUGCAAGUCCCCAAGGAUCUAAGGGGAUUACAGGAUAUAGCAAACAGCUUUUCCAGUGAGGGAAACCUGAAAGAGCUUUGUCGAGUUGUAUUCUGGUAGUGUCAAGCUUUUGCAGGGAGGAAUAUUUUGUACUUGCUCACAAUUUGCUUGUUCCUGCAAAAUUGAUCUUUUCCUUAUUCUUUUC